ACUCAUCAAAACCUUUUAGAGAGAGAAAAGGAGAUGACGAUGGAGACCUGAGAGCUCUGAAGGUGGACUCUCCGUUCUUUCUCACACCAAAUCCAAGCUUCCUUUACAUCGUCUUCCUUUUUUAUUACCUGAACCAGAUUCUUCACUGUACUACAAUGGGCUGCACCGGAUCUUCUCUGGCCAAAACUGACGGCACGAAGAAAAUUCGGAAGCCAAAACCUUGGAAGCAUUCUGAACCUAUUACAAGGGACCAACUCAUGCAGAUGCGUGAUGAAUUUUGGGACACUGCUCCCCAUUAUGGUGGCCGGAAAGAAAUAUGGGACGCACUUCGAGCUGCUGCUGAAGCUGAGUUGGCCCUUGCUCAAGCUAUUGUGGAUAGUGCCGGUGUUAUUGUUCAAAAUGCAGAUUUGACAAUCUGCUAUGAUGAGAGAGGUGCCAAGUAUGAACUCCCUAAAUAUGUAUUGAGUGAACCAAGCAAUUUGGUUCGAGAAAAAUGAUGUGGAUUAAAGAUUACAGUGCUCAAUUUAGUCUGUAAAUCUUGUAAAUUGGCCUCUGAUCAUUUUUCAGAUUUUAACUCUGAAUUAUGCCUAUUCGUUAGUGGAAAUUCUUCUUACUACCCAUUCAUGUAGCAACCCCAACAAGAUGUUGACUGAACAGCUUUAUAUAUUGCUUGAGAAUAGAUUAGUGUUUCUUUCCGUAUACUGGUGGGGCCUUGAGAAAUACUUCAGUUUCGUAAAGGAUAUGUAGCAUUGGAAUUAUUAUUCAUCAGUGAAAAAUUGCUGUUGUUUCA